AUUUAGCUGAUAACAGCUGAAAAUAAUUUAGUUUCAUCGCUGCAACAUUGCUAUCUGCUCAGCGAAAGCUGCUUCGAAAACAUUUUUCAGUGUUUUAGUUCUCAGUGGAUUGCCUUAACCGCUACUCCUCCGAUAGUGGCAUGUUUUCUGUAGUCACUCACUCGACAAGGCGGGUUGUCACUUGCCGUUCGCAUUUGGGUAUUCAAGGUGUCUAUGCCGCUAGGAAAGCAUGCUAUAGCGAUGGAAUGAAAUUUAAAGAAGGACCUUUACAGUUGUACAAGUCAUAUUUAGAAAGAAAAGUUCUGAAGCCCGACAACUCACAGCUGAAAGUGGUGUGCAAUCUUCAAAGCCUGUUUGAACGACUCAAAGAUUAUGAUUCCCAAAAGCAAUCAAGUAAGUCAAUUGCUCAAAGUUAUGUAGGUUUUAUCGUUUGUUAGCCAGAAGAGGAAGAUUAUUGGCUGAAUGGCUGGUCUUCUUGGACUGUAAUUGUUUGUUACAUGAUUCAUGCAAUUGUCUGUUACAUAACUAAUGUAACUGAAAAAGAUUCAUAAAAUCCUAGUAUUUCCAAGGAGAGUAGUUUUUCGUUUAGUGGGUAUACUGAAUUGUCCACUGAAUUGUCUGCUAAGGUUAUUUUGCAGCCAUCGUAAUUAUUUUUAAUUUUAUUGGAAUUAUAUUGGAUAUUGAGAUUAUAACUGUUAUUGUUUUCGUUGUCAUCAUUGUUAUUUUUUUCAUUUGACAAUAAUUUUUCAAUGUUUGACAGGUUUACAUUAGUUUUGUGGUUGGGCUUGUAUUUUUUGUUACCAAAAAUAGCUUUUGCCCAAAAAAGUACACAACUUCUUUCUCAAAUGGCUCUUAAAGUGUUACUUCUCAUUUGUUUUUGAUACUCAAUACUGUUUUACCGAUCCUUUUAACCUUACUGAAAUAUAUUUUGUACAUUUUGUUUGUAUUUGUCUGUAUUGCAGUUAUAAUGCAACAUUCAACUAUCAAAUGUUUGCUAUUGUACCUACAUGUUUGAUUUAGAAUGACAAUUGUUAAAAACAUGACUGCAUGGUUAUUAAAAUAACAUCAAUUAAAAUUGCCAUUUAGUGGCAGAGGAACAUAAAGUGGGCAAAGUGGUAUCAUAAAUCAAAUUGCAAGAGAAACUUGGUAUUGUUUGGUAUGAGAAAAGAUGUAAAGAAUACUUAACUUGUGAUGGGUAUGAGUCCUUUCCAAGAAGGGUGGCUUUGUUAAAAAAAAUUGAAAUAUCCUUGACCUACAUUAGCUGUGACUACAUGCCAUAAGGUAGUUUUUUUUUAAGUGUUUAAUUUCUUGUUCACUUAAUUUCCUUUCAGAAAUUAUUGUUUUUAUGAUUUCUCUUUCCAAAUUCCAUUAGGUUAAGGAUGAUUAAUAAUUUUUUUUCACUCAAAUGAAAAUAUCUCUUCAACCCAGGUUGCUCUCAAGGGUAAAUUUUAUGGGUCAUACCGAUUUCUUCUCUGUGUGUUAAAACCAGCCUGACAUAUUCGAAAAGGUCUGUGAGUAUCAACUCAAGACAGGGAAAUUGACUGAAACAGCAAGAACAUCAAAAUAAGUAAAGUUUUUAGAAUAUAGAAAUACAUAAGCUAUCAUGCUUGAAUUCACCUUUUUCUUUCUAUCAGGUAAUCAGCUGCUCACACCUCAAGGACUCUAUCUUUACGGUGGGGUGGGUAGUGGCAAAACAAUGUUAAUGGACAUAUUCUAUGACAGCAUACAAGUCCCAAACAAGAAGCGUGUGCAUUUUUACUCCUUCAUGCUUCGGUUGUAUUCUGCCAUUAAUCGGUGGAACCUUUGUUGUCCAAGUGAUGAGCUAACCUUUGAUACAACUCCAGUGGAGUCCAUUGCCUCUGAGCUGGCUGGAGAGGCUUGGUUGCUCUGCUUUGAUGAAAUGCAGCUGGCAGACUUUGCCUCCACCCGGCUUUUGGAAGGAGUCUUUCGUAAAAUGUUGGAAAAUGGAACAGUUAUAGUAACAACAUCUAACAGGUCAGAUCACAGUUCACUUCUUGUAUCUAACUUUCACCAAUGACAUGGGCACAGCAAUUCCUCAAGAUGUUUUCUUUGCUUUUUCUCAAAUUACUGAGCUCUGAUUCUUUCAGUCAGACCUGAUCCAAAGAGUCCAUUUAUCUGUUAAUUUUUUCAUUGGUUCUUUGGUCAGUUCUUUUGUCCGUCAGUCAGUUCUUCUUUUCGUCCAUCUGUCUGUCAAUUCUUUGACAGGUCAACUCAGUCUUUUGCCUGAAGGGACAUCUAUGAAACAAAGGGUAUAAAUUCCUUGAUAGGGGUAUAUGAAGGUUAAGUGUAUUCACUUAACCUGCAGGCAGCCUGGGUUUUGUGGUUUACACUAACUCCUCAACAUUUAAAUUCAGCAAACUCAUGGUAUGAAUAAACAAAUUUGUCAGCUAGAGGGUGUUGUCCUGAUACAGCAAAAUGGUUUCUUCACCAUGGUAGAACUACUAAUCAGUUUUAAAGGCUCUUGAUCUACUCUGACGAUUUUGUCUUUCUAAAUUUUUGUUUCCAGAUCUCCUAAUGAACUUGGGGCUUCAUCCUUUGGACGCGAAAGGGAGGCUCUAGAUUCAUUGACGUCAUUAGUCGCUUUACUCACUGAGCGUUGUGAAUUGGUUGCCAUGGAUUCUGAAAAGGAUUACCGAACCAAUCAGAAACGCGGAAAGGACAAUUAUUUCAGUCCUCUAACCAAACACACAGAAAAAGUAUUCGACGAAGCCUUUUGUGAAGCAGUGGGGCGUGGUCGGCGGCUAACAUCGGUUUCGCUUCCCGUGUAUGGUCGGAAGGUCAUCGUCCCCAUCGCUUCGGAAAAUGGCAUUGCUAGGUUCACUUUCAACGAGCUGUGCAGGUCUCCUCUAGGGCCAGCCGACUAUAUUACGAUCUGCAAUGCUUUUCACACGGUAUUCUUGGAGGACAUACCGCAGAUGAGCAUCUACCAAAAGAACGAAGCAAGGCGCUUUCUUAGUUUUGUCGAUGCAGCUUAUGAAAGUAAAGUGCAACUUUUCUGCACUGCGGCCAGCUCACCUGAUGAGUUGUUUCAAUUGAUCCCCAGCGAUGACCCACUACAAGAAGACAAGAUGCACAUGGAAAUGAUGGGCGAGAUGGCUUAUGAUCUUGAGCUCACCCAGCUCGAACUGAGUUCGCUCGGAAUAUUGACCGGCGAGGAGGAAAUCUUCUCAUUCAAACGUUGCAUUUCACGCCUGAAGGAAAUGCAAAGCGAGCUUUAUCAGUGUCAGAAACACCGUCUCCAAGCCUUCUCUCCUUAUCUUGGUUCUUUUGAAGAACGUCUGCAAUCGGAAAAUCGUCGCCGGGAGCGUGAACACAAGCGUCGAAUGAAAAUGCUGGAGGCCUCGGGGGAUGGCAGUGAAGCUCUCCGAGAAUUACCACUGACACCUUUGACGACAGGCUCCUCCGACUGGGCAGACGAAGCGAGUUACGUCACUUGGAGCAAUGAUAUCAUGAGGAAAGAACUUCAAGACAUGGAAAGGAAGAGAAGCGGGGAGUUGGUGACGAGACAAGGCGCUCCAAAAUUCAACGAGGAACACUUUUGGGGUUUUGGGUGGUGGGAAAAGGUUAUGGGAAGGAGAAAAACUAAACCAACACAAAACAGCGAUCACACAACUAACCACACGAAAGACUGAAUCCAAAUUGGUUUUGGACUUAAACGAAUACUUAACUCUCCCCCCCCCCUCUCCAAGACCACCCCGAACAUUUCUUUACUCGAAUGAAACGACGGCUUGUAAACUAGAUAUUUUAAACUAUUUUCUUACAGACCUCUAGUACUGUACAGUAAAACCCUGAAAUUCUGAAAUUGAUAUUUCUUAUUCAUAGGGUAAUAUGAAAUUUCAUUAUGUAAUGAUAUGCCGUGGAACUGAAAAACGGUUAAAUGUUCUCUGUUUCCGCUGAGCCACGAAUACUUUGUCCUAAUUUACCAUGUGAAGUAAUCUGGGGGUUUUUAGCAGGUUAAUAUACUGUAACAGGCACCAUCGUACCUUUACAGAGCAGAUGCAACGUUCAUACAAAUUGAACCAAACUCAACCAUUUUAUAUUUUUAACCUCCUCCUUUUUUUUCUCUUCCCCUCUUUUCCCCCCUUCCCCCUUUCUGCGAAUUUUUUUGGGUGACAAUAGUCCCUCACAAGGGAAAACGAAAUACAAAAUGUAAUGCGUUAGUAGAUUUAAUAUUUAAUAGUCUAGGAACUAAAAAAUCCUUAUCAGGGUAAACCUUGUGUAGAAUGAUUGUUUAAGGAAAACAAUGAAAAAGUGGAAAUCAGAUCUGAAUGUGACAAGAAGGAAUACACACUCGUUUGGAACCAAUGCCGUGUUACCUUAGGUCGAUCCGUGGCGGAGGCUAUCGGGUCUUCUUCAAAAUCCGGUUCUCAUGAUCUGAACGUUGUGACGACUAACACCCACGUUUGCUAAGCAAGAUGUGAUGCGUCACGUGGGUGUGCAACGUGC